AUGCCGUGGGCGGGGACAGAAGCCAGCUCCUCUAUAAAAGGGAGAGGCUCUGAGGGGACGUGUCUAUUUGGCAGCCAGCCGCUGAGCCUUGUGGAAGCAGCUUUCGUCCCCGCCUCCUGGCCUCAGAAGAAACUCCUACUUGUCAGGCCGCCGUCCCUUGCACCUGCUCGUGUCCUGGGUGACGGACCCAGGAUUCGCCACUUUCCCCGCGGGAGUCCGACAGGACGAUCCGGGAGAGUCAGCGGUUGGCAGGCAGUGAAACCUGCGGGCCAGAAGUUUAAGAAGGCCGGGCCAGCCCCCAAACGGGACUUGGCCUGCCCAAGCGCCGCUGCCCUUCCCCCCCGCCCCCUGACAGCCCCGUUAGGUCCUCCGGCUGCCAUGCCCGUGGCCGAGGCUGCUCCAAGGCGGGCCACCGUGCAGCGCCGCCCCUUCUGCUGCCCUUCCCGGCCGGGCGGCGGCGGAGCUGGAGAACGAGCCCCCUGCACCCCAGCGCUGCCGACGCCCCGCAGGGCGGAUCCCGGCCCUUCUCCCGGCCCGGCCUCCCUCUCCGAGCCCACCGCCCCGCAGCCGGGCUCCCCGGCCUCUGCCCCAGCGGCGGCGCGCCGUUUGCCCGGGACGCUCCAAGCCGUCCCUUCUGCAACUAUUCCCUGUGGCUCGCGUUCCAUGGGCAGCAGAACGAAAUGA